AUGUAUCAAAAGGCUGAUUCUUUUGGAGAUCCUAAUGUAUUGCAAUUGAAUAAUUCAACCCACAUUCUUCCAAUUGAGGGUGAAGUGACAUCAGAAUUGGGGCAAUUGAGGCCAAGAUCCUAUGCUAAGAAAUGGCUGCCUCGGGUUGUGAAAUGUGGAGGACGUGGGGUAUUUGGCCACUCUUGCUCUUUUCAACCUAAGCCUGGUGAGAGUAAAAAACUUGCCAAGGUUUGGGUUGCUAAGGAUGAGGCUGGCCAAAGUGGUGUAGCUAAUGAGAAACCACCUAUCGAUGAUGAGUGGACCUAUAUCUCUCAAAAGAGGAAGGUUACAGCUAAGCUGGUGGUUUUCAAGAGUGCUCAUGGAGAGAUUGAUAAAUCAUCUUUAGCUAAUAACCCUGAUAAGCAGCUAGUGGUCUCAAAUUUCGAUGUAUCUCCUAUGUUAGAAUUACAAAUGGCGCCUAAUGGGACUACUGAAGUAGGGAAAAAAGUGGAAGAGUCUCCAAUUCCAGUUGCCAUUCUAAAUGAAGAUAACAUCGAUACUUCUACCCCUCUCUCUAACACGUUGGGAACAAAAGCUAUAGAUUCACUUCGAAAAAAGAAGAAUGGGUCGGGGGUAAGCAUAAGAAGGGUAAGAAAUAUUUUGCUGGUGGGUUGUUCAUCUCAAGCUAUCCAUGUUCGUGUUAAUGCAUGUAAUGGUAAAUGGAGUUGUGUGGUGUCAGUGGUAUAUGGGGUUAAUAUCCCAGUUAAGCGUGUUGAUCUGUGGGCUAAUUUAGUAGCUAGGCAUGGAGGGUUUGCAUACUUGCCAUGGGUGGUCAUGGGGGACUUCAAUUCGGUUUUAUCUUCUUCUGAAGUGGAAGGUGGUUCUUCUUCUGGCUUGCAUGGCAAGACGAUCUUGGGAAUUGCUUAG